AUGUCUCUCACAGUCCGCCCAGCCGCCGAGUCAGACCUGCCUCGCUCCAUCGCCAUCGAAAGGCGAGCCUAUGGCCCCAAUAAAACGUCUCCCAUCUUCUUCCCCGGCGAGGGCAUGAAGCUCGAAGACCGCAUCGCCAUCAUGACGACGCGCAUCAAAGAGGAGCCCGCCACCCAGUGCAUUAAAGUCGUCGACACCGAGCUCGAAGCAAAGGGUGAGGAAGCCAUGAUUGCUUUUAGCAUGUGGUUCAUCUGGUCCGGAGACUUGAGACCAAGCUUCCCGAAGCGCCAGUGGGGGGCGGGCACCAACCUGGAGGCGUGCGAGGCGUUUUUCGGCGAGAUGGACCGGAGAUGGUGGGCGAGGUUUGAGGGGAAGCCGCAUGUUUAUCUCAAGCUUCUUCACACCGACCCUGAUCACCAGAAACGGGGUGCCGGCGGCCAGUGUCUCAAGUGGGGAACCGCAGAGGCCGACAGGCUCGGGCUGGUGUCGUAUCUCGAGGCGUCUGAGGAGGGACGGCCGCUGUAUGAAAAGUACGGCUUCAAGGAAGUGGACAGGAUUGUCGUGGACCUGACGAAAUGGGGCGGCACUGAGCCUGCCAUUGCUUAUUUGAUGCUUCGCCAGCCGGUGCUGAACUAG